AUGGAUGGUGGUCGUCCUAUACCAGAAGAUGUAGUGGUUGAUAUUCUAUUGAGAUUGCCCGUGAAAUCACUCUUGCGUUUUAAAUGUGUGCGAAAGAACUGGUGUGCUCUCAUCAAAAGUCCGAGUUUCAUAAAAGAACAUUUUCAAUAUCGCAACAAUAAUUGUGCUCGUCUCCUUGUUUGCAACAUGAAAAUGGCACCUGAAUUACACCCCAUCGUAAAGUCUGUUGUAUUCUCCUUGCUCCCUGAAGAAAUUGUUCCAGGUGUGACCCCUGAACAAAAAACUCUCCUUCAGCUUCCGAGGGUCACUGAUUUCACGUGUGUUGCAGGUCCAUUCAAUGGAUUAUUCUUAGUGGAGAAGUCGCUUUAUGGAGUAGAUGUCUGCUUGGGUUUGUGGAAUCCUGCCACCAAAGAGUUUAGGUCUCUGCCUCCUGCGCCAUUUGAGAUUGAGGGUUUUUUGUCUCACAAUAAUGAUCAUCAGUAUGGAUUAGGAUUUGACAUGUCGACUCUAGAUUACAAGGUUGUAUGGAUUCGAGUAUUCUGGGAUGAUCUUGGACUAAGUGAUAAUAAUCGUGUCUAUACAUGUGUCUAUUCCUCAUGCAACAAUUCAUGGAGACGCCUUACUCCCAAAUUCCCUCCCAGUUCUAUCUUAUCUGCACCCCUUGAUGCCACUUAUCUCAACGGAGUUUAUUAUUGGCUUUCAAGGGGCCUCGAUGGCAUCUUCAUGAUUCUCUCGUUUGACAUGGUCUGUGAACAGUUUGGGGAGAUGCAAGUCCCAGAUAUUCCAACUAAACAUUGGGGGACGCUUACAUUGCAUGGCGGCUCACUUGUAAUGUUAACAAGUGGCCAACCUAUGACAUCCAUAUAUGAUGUGUGGGUAAUGAAACAAGAGGGAAAUUGGUCCAAAGUUCAUACUAUUCAACCUCAUAUAGAUGCUCAUUGGCCUAUCAACAUCUGGGAUAACAAUAAGAUGGUUUUCGAGAACAUGGAAACUUCACAGCUAGUGCUAUAUGACCCUAAAACAAGACGUGUUACAGAUCUUGGAUUUCAGCUGGACCCUAACAUUGAUGGCUGUUGGGUUUUCAAUUACAAGGAGAGCUUAGUUCCAAUAAAGAGAGGAAGCAACACUCAGGGUGAGGAUAAUGCAGUCAAGCAAAUUGAACACUACUUCAAUACUCUACCAGCGGAUGAGGCCUCAUCUUAGAGAUUAUACGUACAAAAUAUUUCUAGUGAUAAAAAUGGUUAAACAGACAGAGUAUUAUGAUGUUCUUGGUGUAAGUCCUUUAGCAGGACAUAUUAUCUCAAGGUUUUUCUACUUCUUUCUUAAAUUAUUAUUUUUUUACUUUUUAUGUUGAUUGUAGAUUUUCUGAGUGUUGGGGUUGAUUUAAUUUACGUGGCAUUAAUAUGAAUUUUGAGAUUGAAAUUUCUAUAAUUUGACAGUAAAUUUAGAUACAAAAGCUUUAAGUUUUUUUCAAUAAUAAAUUUUUUUUUUCAAAUUAUGUGAAAAGCAUUGUAAAUCACAAUAAUUAACAAUUUGAAAGAUAAAAUCCCACUAUCAUUUUAAUUGAGAUGGGGGGAGUAUUGUUUAAGUUUCAUCUGUUCAUGAUUUUUCCAUCUAUAUAUGUACGUGCAUUUUAUAUAGAGUAUGUUUGUAAAUUGUUGUUACAUCGCGUGGCGACUCGCUUGCAAUGUUAGUUAGUUAUAAGUGUAUGACAUCCAUAUAUGAAAUGAAACAAGAGGUAAGCUGGUGCAAAAUGUUUACUGUUCAACCUUUAUAGAUGCUGCUACUUGCCCUAAAAGUAUAUGGGAGAAUGAUAAGAUUGUUUUUGAACCGACAAAAACUUCAUAACUGGUUCUAUAUGACCCUACAAGUUACAGAUCUUGGAACUAUUGGCAGUUGUGUUUUCAAUUAUCAGGAGAGCCCAGCUCUAAUUACGAAAGGAAAUGAGUCUCAAGACCAGGAUAAUACUGAUCGAGCAAAUGAAGUAGUACAACUAUUAGGUGGAUCAAUGAUGUCAA